AUGGACCAACUCUACGGCAUCCAUUUCGCUGAUGGAUUCGAUGAGAAAGACGGGCUUCCUCGGCUGCGAAAGCUUUUGGACUCGAAGUGGAACAUUUCCUCAGAUGGCAAAGGAAUCGAAAAGAAAUUCCAUUUCAAAAACCAUACAAACGUUUUAGAUUUUGUCCACUACAUUGGUGUAAAGUGCAAAAGAAAAAAUCAUCAUCCUGAGGCCAUCAUGCGGACAUCUCUAACCAAACGCGCAGACACAGAAUUCCUUGACCUAUAUGUGGACCACCCACAGGCCGCAAGGCCUAUCCCAGAAGGAUUUGGAAAUGGCUGA